GCUUUCUCAAUUCAAAACCCAAACUUUUGAAUUGGGUUUCGACAUUUUCCCUGAUUUGUGUUAGCAGAACGGUUUUCGAAGUGAAGUAUCUGUGUUAGCUGAAGAUGACAGUGCCUUCGAAGAAAUCCCAGAAGGGAAAAUCCAAGGACGGGAAGCCUAAGCUGAACAAAGCUUCAAGGAAAGAAUUCAAAGCGAAGAAGGGUCCGAAGGAGGCCACUCGGGCCGAGACUGCUUCUCUACAGCUCGAAGAUGAUGUCCCUGACUUCCCUAGAGGUGGAGGGAGUUCUCUGAGUAGGGAAGAACGUGAUCAAAUUCGUGCUGAAGUAGAUGCUGAAUUUGAGGCAGAGGAGAGAGGGUUGAAGAAGGGUAAGAGGAAAAAGCUGCAGAAAAAUAGUCCGGCCCUGGUUGAUGAUUUGGGAUCACUUUUUGGUGAUGGUAUUACUGGCAAGUUACCAAAAUAUGCUAAUAAGAUUACUUUGAAGAAUAUUACUCCAGGAAUGAAGCUUUGGGGUGUUGUUUCUGAAGUAAAUGAGAAGGACCUUGUAAUUAGCCUGCCGGGGGGCUUACGUGGUUUAGUUCGUGUAGCUGAUGCAUUUGAUCCUGUUUUCAGUAAUGAAGAUGAUGUGGACAAGGAAGACAGUUUUCUUCCAACCAUAUUCUAUGUUGGUCAGCUUGUUGCUUGUGUUGUAUUGAACUUGGAUGAUGAUAAGAAAGAAAGUGGCAAAAGAAAGAUAUGGCUUUCUUUGCGUCUUUCUUUGUUGCACAAAGGUUUCACUUUGGAUGCUAUUCAAGAAGGGAUGGUUCUCACUGGAUAUGUGAAAAGCAUUGAAGAUCAUGGUUACAUUCUUCAUUUUGGAUCAUCUUCAUUUAUGGGUUUUUUGCCAAAAAAGAGUCAAGCUGAAGGUAUGGAGGCUGAAGCUAGGACUGGGCAACUUCUCCAAGGGGUUGUUGGACGGAUUGAUAAAACUCGUAAAGUUAUCCAUCUGAGUUCUGAUCCUGAUACAGUGUCUAAAUGUGUGACUAAGGAUCUCAAAGGUAUUUCAAUUGAUCUUCUUAUUCCGGGCAUGAUGGUUAAUGCUAGUGUUCGAUCAAUCCUUGAGAAUGGGAUUAUGCUGUCAUUCCUUACAUACUUUACUGGGACGGUUGACAUGUUCCAUUUACAAAACAAAUUUCCUAAUAAAGACUGGAAAGAAGAGUACAGUCAAAAUAAGAAGGUUAAUGCUCGAAUAUUGUUUAUUGAUCCUUCAACUAGAGCUAUUGGUUUGACCCUGAAUCCUCAUCUUGUGCAGAACAAGGCUCCUUCUUUGCAUGUUAAAGUUGGAGAUAUUUAUGAGCGGUCAAAAGUAGUCCGGGUUGAUAGAGGACUGGGGCUUCUGCUUGACAUCCCUUCUUCACCAAUGUCAACUCCUGCUUAUGUUAAUAUAUCUGAUGUUGCUGAAGAAGAAGUUCAGAAGCUUGAAAAAAAGUUUAAGGAAGGGACCCAUGUUCGUGUUAGAGUUCUUGGGUUCAGACUUUUGGAAGGAGUUGCUACUGGGAUUUUGAAGGCUAGUGCAUUUGAAGGGCCAGUAUUCACUCACUCAGACGUCAAGCCUGGGAUGGUGGUGAAGGCUAAAAUAAUCGCUGUUGACAGUUUUGGUGCAAUUGUGCAAUUUCCAGGUGGUGUGAAGGCACUUUGCCCUGUCCGACAUAUGUCUGAAUUUGAAAUUACAAAGCCAGGAAAAAAAUUCAAGGUUGGAGCUGAAUUGGUCUUCCGGGUGCUUGGUUGCAAGUCCAAGAGAAUAACUGUUACCUUCAAGAAAACUCUUGUGAAAUCAAAGCUUAGUAUUAUAGCUUCCUAUGCUGAUGCAACUGAUGGUUUGGUAACACAUGGAUGGAUUACAAAGAUUGAAAAGCAUGGAUGCUUUGUCCACUUUUACAAUGGAGUCCAAGGAUUUGCACCUAGAUCUGAACUUGGACUAGAACUGGGAAAUGAUCCAAGUUCAAUGUAUAAUGUCGGACAAGUCGUUAAAUGUCGCAUAACUGGUUCUAACCCCACUUCACGGCGGAUCAACCUUAGUUUCCUGAUGAAGCCAGCAAGGGUUCCAGAAGAUCAGAUGGUGAAGUUGGGUAGCAUUGUUUCAGGAGUUGUUGAAAGUGUGACCCCUCAGGCAGUGUAUGUAUGUGUUAAUGGAAAAACGUACUUGAGGGGUACAAUUUCUCCUGAACACUUGGCAGAUCACCAUGACCAUGCUGCUUUGUUGAAGUCAGUUUUGAAGCCUGGAUAUGAGUUUGAUCAACUACUGGUAUUAGACAUUGAGCCCAAUAACUUGCUACUCUCUGCAAAAUAUUCUCUUAUAAAUUCAGCUGAACAGCUGCCUUCUGAUCUCAGUCAGCUUCACCCCAACAUGGUGAUCCAUGGUUAUGUUUGUAAUUUAAUUGAAACUGGCUGUUUUGUCCGGUUUCUUGGCCGCUUGACUGGCUUCUCUCCAAGAAACAAGGCAAUGGAUGACCACAGAGCUGAUCUUUCGGGAGCCUUCUUUAUUGGUCAAUCUGUUCGCAGUAAUAUACUGGAUGUCAAUAAUGAAACAGAAAGAAUAACCCUUUCCUUAAAGCAGUCAUGUUGCUCAUCAACGGAUGCAUCCUUUAUUCAAGAAUAUUUUAUUUUAGAGGAGAAGAUUGCUAAGCUGCAAUCAUCAAAGGCUGAUGGAUCUGAGUUAAACUGGGCCGAGGGAUUUAACAUUGGCUGCAUUGUUGAGGGAAAAGUGCAGGAGACAAAGGAUAUUGGAGUGGUUGUCAGCUUUGAGAAAAACAAUGAUCUUUUGGGGUUUAUCACCCAUUAUCAAUUAGUUGGGACCACUCUGGAAACAGGAUCCGUUAUUCAAGCUGCAGUUCUUGAUGUAUCCAAGUCCGAACGUCUUGUUGAUUUAUCUUUGAAACCUGAGUUUGUUGAUAAAUCAAAAGAGAAAAGUUCCAAAAGCAAAACUCACAAGAAACGCAAAAGAGAAGCAUCAAAGGAGUUGGAGAUGCACCAGACAGUAAAUGCCGUCGUUGAGAUUGUUAAAGAGAAUUACUUGGUUCUUUCCUUGCCUGAGUAUAACGAUGCCAUAGGUUAUGCUUCAAUUGCAGACUACAAUACCCAGAGGUUUCCUUCAAAACAAUAUGUCAAUGGGCAAAGUGUCAUUGCCACUAUUAUGGCCUUUCCAAGCCCUUCAACUGCAGGGAGGUUGCUAUUGCUCCUUAAAUCUAUAAGUGAAGCUGCUGAGACAUCUAGUUCAAAAAGGGCUAAAAAGAAGUCCAGUUAUAAUGUGGGGUCUUUGGUUCAGGCAGAGAUUACUGAAAUUAAGCCUCUUGAAUUGAGAGUGCAAUUUGGAAUUGGAUUCCGUGGGCGGGUUCACAUAACAGAGGUGAACGAUGAUAGCAUAGUUGAAAAUCCAUUUUGUAACUUCAGAGUUGGGCAAGCAGUCACUGCAAGAAUUGUUGGAAAGUCUGAUAAUAAGAAAGGAAACCAGUGGGAUCUCUCCAUCAAACCCUCAAUGCUUUCUGGUACCGUUGAGAUAGGUGACAAGUUUACGGAUGAAGAACUCAAUUUUUCAACAGGGCAAAUUGUCAGUGGUUAUGUGUACAAAGUGGACAGUGAAUGGGCAUGGCUAGCAAUAUCUCGAGAUUUGAAGGCUCAACUAUUUAUUCUUGACAGUUCAUGUGAGCCUACUGAACUUCAAGAAUUCCAGAAACACUUUUAUGUUGGAAAGCCUGUCUCUGGGCAUGUUUUAAAUAUUAACAAGGAAAAGAAGCUAUUACGAUUGGUGACACAUCCUUUGGGUGUUGCUGGCAAAAGUAUUGAUGGAAAGGAUAGUAAGGUAGAUGAUUCACAUGGUAUCAUUUCUGAUGAGAAUGUUACAGCUCAUAUUCAUGGAGGAGAUAUUGUCGGUGGUAGAAUCACAAAAGUACUUCCAGGUGUUGGUGGAUUGCUUGUGCAAAUUGGUCCUCACACGUAUGGUAGAGUUCAUUUUACUGAACUUAAAGAUGCAUGGGUGUCUGACCCAUUAUCUGGAUAUAAUGAAGGACAGUUUGUUAAAUGCAAGGUCUUAGAAAUGAGCCGCUCAGUCAAAGGCACUGUUCAUGUCGAUCUGUCAUUGCGUUUAUCUUUGGAUGGCAUGCUUCCACAGAAUGAUGGAGAUACUAGUAGCAAUCGUGUGCAGAAAAUUGAGGAUCUUCAUCCCAAUAUGGUUGUGCAGGGUUAUGUUAAAAAUGUUGUCCCAAAAGGAUGCUUUAUCCUGCUUUCACGCAAGCUUGAUGCAAAAAUUCUCCUCUCAAAUUUAUCAGAUGGAUAUGUUGACAAUCCUGAAAAAGAAUUCCAUGUUGGGAAGCUCGUAGUAGGCAGGGUGUUAGCUGUGGAGCCUCUAUCAAGACGAGUUGAAGUUACCUUGAAAACAUCAAAUGCAACCAGUGCAACAAAAUCUGAAAUUAAUGAUUUUAGUAGCCUGCAUGUUGGAGAUAUAAUUUCUGGUAGGGUCAAGCGUGUGGAACCAUAUGGUUUAUUUAUUGCCAUGGAUCACACAAACUUGGUUGGAUUAUGCCAUGUCUCAGAGCUAUCAGAUGAUCGUGUUGAGAACAUUGAGACAAAGUACAAAGCAGGAGAGAAGGUCAGGGCAAAAAUAUUGAAGGUGGACAAGGAAAGACACCGAAUUUCUCUUGGCAUGAAAAAUUCAUAUUUGGUGGAUGGUAGUGAUAAUCAAAUACAUUCGGAAGAAGAUUCUGAAGAGGAUAUAAGGGAAACUGUUUUCAUGGAUGAUUCAAGAGCAGCAACAUUAAUGGAAAACAAUCUAAGCAUUCAGAAUAUGGACGUUGAAUAUGAAAAUAGAGGAAGCUUGGUUCUUGCUCAAGCAGAAUCAAGGGCUUCCAUUCCUCCACUUGAAGUUACUCUUGAUGAUAUUGAGCACUCUGAUAUUGACAACUCAAUCAGUAACAAUCAAGCAUGUGUUGAUGAAGUGGACCCCAUGGAUGCGAAGAACAAAAGAUGGGCAAAGAAGAAAGCAAAGGAAGAGAGAGAGCUAGAAAUCAGAGCAGCUGAAGAAAGAUUGUUGGAGAAAGAUGCACCAAAAACUGCUGACGAGUUUGAGAAACUUGUUAGAAGCUCUCCAAACAGCAGUUUUGUUUGGAUAAAAUACAUGGCUUUCAUGCUUGACCAGGCUAAUGUGGAGCAAGCCCGUGCUAUUGCUGAAAGGGCUUUGAGAACAAUAAACAUUCGAGAGGAGAAUGAGAAGUUAAAUAUCUGGGUGGCAUACUUCAAUCUGGAGAAUCAAUAUGGAAAUCCUCCUGAGGAAGCUGUCCUAAAGGUAUUUCAAAGAGCAUUGCAGUAUUGUGAUCCCAAAAAGGUACACUUAGCACUCUUGGGGAUGUAUGAGAGGACAGAUCAGCAUAAGUUGGCUGAUGAGCUUCUAGACAAAAUGGUCAAGAAGUUCAAGCACUCAUGCAAGGUUUGGUUGAGGCGGGUGCAGAUGCUAUUGAAGCAACAGCAGGAUGGGAUUCAAUCUAUUGUAAACCGCGCUUUAUUAUGCCUGCCACGCCAUAAGCAUAUCAAAUUCAUCUCACAGACUGCCAUACUGGAGUUCAAGUGUGGGGUUCCAGAGAGAGCAAGAUCCAUGUUUGAAGGCAUUUUACGGGAGUACCCCAAGAGAACAGACUUGUGGAGCAUUUAUCUUGAUCAAGAGAUUCGACUUGGAGAUGUUGAUGUCAUCCGCGCACUGUUUGAGAGGGCAACUAGCCUAAGCCUACCCCCCAAGAAAAUGAAAUUCUUGUUCAAGAAGUAUCUUAAGUAUGAGAAAUCACUUGGGGAUGAAGAAAAGAUCGAAUACGUCAAACGAAAAGCCAUGGAGUAUGUUGAAAGCACACUUUCUUGAUUGUAUACUCAAAUGUUCAGCUAAGCAUUGGCUGCUGUACAGUAGAAACCAAAGGACAUCCCACCUGAUUCUAUCCAACUCAUUUUGUCCAAUUUUGUUGUUAUGGUCACUCAAUCCUGAAAAUUUUGUCAAUCCCAGAUAUUUGUACUUAACCUUAAAUUAAAAUGUGAGUUCCUUCCAUCAAAAAAAAAAAAAAAUGUAAGGU